AACGGUAGGUGACGUCAGCAUUAUGCGCCUCAGUGGCACAAUUUAAUGACAGACCGACCUGCUGCAAAGUAGGUUAGAUUUGUAAGGUGUGCUUUCGUGUUGUACAUAAAAACUAGCCAUUUUUAUAUAAUUAGAGCGUACUGUAGGGUAGUUGCUGCAGCUUUUCUGGCUUUAUCUAUCUGCUGACCCUGCUAAAGAACAAACUAGCUCUGUUUGCUAGCUGUAAUCAUGGCUUACACGCAAAUUCUGAAAGUCCUUCACCGAAAUCUACAACACACGGCGACACAGCUCUCCGUGCACAAAUGCAAACUGGCGCACAUCAGCGAGGUCAUCCACCCAAACAGGACGGUGUCAACAGUAUCGAGACUGGCUUUCCACAGAGGAGCAGAAGCUCCAUUAUCUGUAGUGAGCUGCUUCAUUCAAGCACACAGACGGAGUUUCUCUCUGGACUUCACAGCCAGAAAUAAAAGCAGCCCCGAGGACAGAGACAAGUCGGUUUCCACGUAUCAGAGUGGAAGCCCAAAGCCUUCAGCUGCACAAAAAGUAAAAGACGCUGGCAGAGACUUCACCUACCUGAUAGUUGUACUCAUCGGACUUGGAGUGACAGGUGGGCUUUUAUAUGUGGUGUUCCAGGAGCUGUUUUCUUCCACAAGUCCAAAUAAAGUCUAUGGAAAAGCCUUUGACAAAGUCAAGUCGCACCCAGAGGUGAUUGGUGCAUUUGGGGAACCAAUCAAGUGUUACGGUGAAACCACCCGUCGAGGGAGGAGGCAGCAAGUCAGUCAUCUGGAGUACCUGAAGGAUGGACUGAAGCACAUGAGACUCAAGUUUUACAUAGAAGGGUCAGAGCCAGGCCUGAAAGGAACCGUGCACUCAGAAUCUAAAGAGAAUCCCGAAACUGGAAAAUACGAGUUUCGUUAUAUAUUUGUGGAAAUGGACACCUACCCAAGACGGAACAUCAUUGUGGAAGAUAACAGAUAAGAAAGAUAAUGGCUGAUCUCAAGUGUCAACUCACUGUCUCAUCAUUAUGAAAAUGUGACAAAUGUGUGUCUAGAAGGAAGGAGUGUGUGUUAAUGGACAAAACAAACCUGAAGAUUUUGGUUUAAUUUAAUAUUAAAAGUUGUUUUGUUAAACAUCAGUAAUUAUGGUUGGGUUAAACUUGGUCACAACGACGUACUGGUCAGCAUUUGGUGGAGAGCCUUGCAAAGCACAGUCUCUUCCUCAAGUAUGAAAGGAUCAUUUGACUCCAAUGUGCUAUUGAUUUAUAAAUGGUACACAUGUGCUUUAAAUAGGUAUUGUUUGUCUUUUGACCAAAAAAAUAGUGAUCAAUUUUGAAAGUAUUUGAUGCUUUUAAAUUGUAAUAAAAUGUUGUUUUCUGUCACAUGCACAGAACAGAAAUGCAAGAAAAACAGCGCUGGUGUUUUCUUUGAUUUCUGAGAAUAUUUUAUUGAAACCAGAUGCCAACUAUGAUUGAAUUCACUUGAGUAGAUUUAUGAUUUAAUUUUGGCAUUGGCAGUACGCAUUUUUGUAGUGUUGAAUGUCAUAAGGCUGUCGUUUUAAAAGUUUGUAUUAUGAAACAGUGACCACGAGAUGGCGGUAACGAAUUAAAAUAGGAAGAACUUGAUAUGCCCUUAAAGAUUUUUUUCUUAUCUGUAUUUGAAAGUAUUUUUGUAGGUGUAAGUGAAAGAGAAACCAACCUUCUGAAUAACUAACCAAAUAUCUCACUUUACACAAUGAACACCCUGAUACUUUUGGGAUGGAUUAGCUUUAUAUUCAGAUAUAUUUCUACGCUGAUAUCAUACUUGUGUAAUAUAUUUUUAAAUGAAAUCGUUAUGAAAACGUGUUUCCGCCCUUAAUUACCCUUUUGUCUCAUGGCUUUGUGCUACCUUCCAGUUCCCUCGAAAUUUUGGAAUUCUUGAUGAAUCUUGGUAAAUUCCACUCCUUAUUGUCUAUUUGUGGCAGUGUUACUGCUGAUAUUUGAGCUUCAGGUACUCGAAUAAGACGUUUUUAUUUUUGAAUAUUUUGCAAUUGUACUGUUCGUAGUGUUAUUUCUAUGUAAGGGCUUUUACUCUUGAGUAAUUAAAAAAAAAUUACCUGCCUCAGAUAACCUUUCUCGUUUCUAUUACGCAAUGACAACACAAAGUGGCUCUAUGCUGCUUGGUUUUAUAACAACGUUGAUCACCAUCUGAUAGCACCGACGGCACUUAAACGGAAAAAACUAACCGUUUAAUUGGAAUCAUUUAGUCUGUUUGGGGAGGGAGCAGCUUACGGGAAGCGUGAAAGCAUCAAUUUAACGAACACCGCCCACCGUGAAAGCAACGGCAGCCGCGGACGUGCUAAGUCAGUCAGCGCUAGCUAGGAACUCUCUAGGACUAAUUUAGUUAUGUCUUCCGCGUUAAGUUAACGAGUAGGUUGUCGAAUAACUAGCUAGUGACCUAGUAGAAAACACCAGAGAGGUACGUUCAUAAAGCAGGCCAGUUUCAGUCGUUGUUUUGUUCGCGGUGUGGGUAAAUAGAGGCACGGCUGUUGUUGUUGUGGCCUGCUACACGAUAGCUUAGCUAAACUAGCCGCUGCCUCAUCUGGCUCCUGGAGGUUUUACUCACACCACAUCGCCAAAACGGGCCAAGGAAAUGGCACACUUUGGCAGCUAACUCCGAAGGCCGAGUUGUCGCUAUAAAGGAGACUUGUGUUUUAACCAGGAAUCAGCAGGUUAUUCCUCAGCUAUGAGACUCUCUUCCCAGUGACUGACCUCUCACAAUAAUGGAGCUGUACUGGUACAUAGUUGUUAUAAUCUUCAUCAUCAUAAAGAUAUUCUUCUACGUGUGCUGGUACCGGUCAAGGCAGAGGCAACUGGCAGCAUACCUGAGCAACCCUCGCAAUGCUCAGAUAGUCAUUGUUGGAGGAAGGGCUUACCUUCAUCAAAUGUGUGAGAGACAGAGUCAAACAUCCGUCUGGCCGAGUUGGUAUGGCGUUCAGGAUGACCUGUCGAUAGAGGAGCCCUCCACAGCUCUGCCACCCGCUGCAUCCUUCUCCCAGCUGGACAUGCCACCACCAUACGAGGCAGUCUCUGGAGAGGAUGAUCUGAAGCCGCCCCCCUACAGUGAGUGUGCUCAAGGCGACGAGAGCGACGCCUCUCGCCCCGCCCAUCACACGCUUCUUAUUUCUGAGGGAGGAGAUUCGAUUAGCAUAAACGAAGCUCCUCCCCCGUACACGGCAUCUCUCCCGACACAAGUCAAUCAAGCAGACGGUCCUGUGAGCCACAGUGAGCCCCAGUCAGAGAGCAGGUCCGCUUAAUCAAUUCCUUGAUGCCAGUUUGCCUUUUCCAUGCACUGCCUUCCUACAUUCAACCUCAGUGAUUGUUGCCAGCCUAACUCUCAUCACGUGAGAGCAAAUGUUUAUUUGGAUGUCUGUGUGCCUGUAUGCGUGUGUUGGUUUUUUAGAGCCAAGUUGUUGUUUUUUCUACUUUCUAUUGUUUUGAGAGAAAAAAAAAAAGAGAGAAAGUGGUCAUCUGAUGAGUGUGGCAAUAACAGAUGACAUCAGCAAGCCUGUGUGCCUCAGUCAGGACCGCAGAACCUGCCUCCCAGCAAGGAUGAGGAUAAUACCUUUGACCUCCACGCUCAAAGGGAAUCGGUGAGAUAAAGGUAUACACAAGAGACAGCGAGACUUUAAAGUGUGCUCUGUUUUAUUAGGUUUUCUCCUGCUGUAGGUCUGAGGUCUCUUCCUUUCACAGAACUGAAACAUUUGAAUCAUUCUAAAAGCAUAAUUGAGGAAAUGAGUAGACGCUUUGACAGUUUGUGUUCCUGCUGCUGUGAGGCAUAAUAUAUGGCACAACGUCAUUUUUGUGGGUCACCUCCCGUUGACAGUCUUAUGAACACAGUGGCUCAGUCUGUGAUACAAAAUUCCUAGUGUAGACAGUCCAAUUACAUGUUUGGGGCAUCUUCUAUGUACCUGUGCAUAAUAAAUAGUUUCAACUUCAGUCUGUGUACUCAGUGCUCCAUUAUUACUGCACUUGAGUACUAUUUGAUAAUGAAUACUGUAAUUGUCUUACAUAAUUACCCAAUUCUGGCACUGGUUAUGUUUAAUAUAUUGUGGCGAUUAUACUGGGACAUUAAGCAAUUCAAGUGACUAUUAGAUCUGUGAAUGGGUGUGAGUGAGGACGAGCAGGAAAGGGGAACAAGUUGAUGAAAUUCACGAACACUUCACGGCAGUAGAGAAGAGAUUUUUCUCUGUUAAGCAUCACCGUAACUGCUGCUGCUCUACAUUCAAUCCUUUAUGCCAGAACACAAACGGCGUAAGCAUGAAUUUUGCCAUUUCUUUCGAAAUUAAGGAGAGUUUUCAGAAGAAUUUGCUGUGCAGUCCCUAAACGCAAAUUAAAUGUCGUUAAAAUAUCGUGAAUACAGUCGUAUGAUAAUCCGAAUUGUUGCUAUGAAUUGUAAUGUUAAGCUGAACGCUUGAAAUGAAAAAUAUCCUCAAAUCAAGAACGCGUAACGAUCAUGGAAAUAUACUCACAGGGCUACGAGCAAAGGCUCAAAAUGUUCUUGGAGCUGAAGGCUGCAUUUUACGUGACUCUUAAAAAGUCACCAACAAAACUCAGUUAUUACGCUUUUUUUCAUAGCAGUUGUUGUGAAAUGAGGACUAACCAAAAAGUUUUUUUUUUUAAACUACAGCCUCUUUUCCUUGUAAUCAUUAAUCUGCUGCUGGCUGGUGGAGUUCAGCCAGCUUUGUGUAUUUCUUCUGUUGUAUUUUCUCAUAUAGUAUUGCUUUGGGAACAGUUUUUUUGUUUUUUUUUACUGUGCUUUCUGUGUCACCGCAUUUCACGUAACCCGGAAAUAACACUGUAAGAAGAUGCUCUCAAGUAAUCCACUCCCCAUGUUCGUUUAAGCAAUGCUAUAGUCUAUGUAUAGUUUCUGAACAUUUAUGGGGGAAAAAUGACAAAGAUGAAACAAAAUGAAUGCUGUAUAAAUGUAUUUUGCGCUUUUGGGAAAGUGUAAAAAAUGGGGUCUUUAUUGAGAAUCAGAAGUGAAAAUGUUAAGAUGUGAUGUGUUUUAUUGGUAGUCCUCUGUUUUAUGAUGACAAAUCGUCCGUCACUGAUGCCUUUUACCAAACUUAUCCUGUGGUUUUGAAAUCUGAAGGAAGCAACAGAGAAGCUGCGAGGUACAACUCUAAAUGUAGGUUUGAACUCAGUUGAAAUUACUAACAUGGCGGCAACAUGAUGAUGAUGGACUACCUAAACUAUAGUGUUCCAGGCUUCCUCUGUAAUGUAUGUCCUGUCUGCUCACUUCAUGUUCAUUCCCAUGGUGGUUGACAUAUCAGAUCUCUCCUCUUAGUAGCUUUGUGAGUGAAGGGGAAUUAACUUUUUUUUUCUGAUUUGGGGGGGAAAUACAUCUUCUGUAUUAAACUGUUAUAUAUAAAA